AAUGGAUGAUAGAUCUAGCGGCGUCUACCCAUUCUGCUACGUCAGCGAAACGGUAGCAAAUUUGGCUAGGAGGGCGUUCGAACUAUUGCAAAAAGAAGACCUGGAUGCGCAGGAUUUCGACGAACUGUCUCGAAUAAUCAGCGAGGACAAGGGCCGCGACGUAUUAAGCGUCGUCGAUUGGCAGGGCUGUAGCCUACUACAAACCGCCCUAUUGAAGGGUCAUAUCAAUGCUGUGAGGUUAUUAUUGAGGAAGGGAGCUGAUCCUAAUGCGUGCAUCUGCUCACCCCCUCUACACCUGGCAUGUAGACUGGGAUUGAUUGAAGCCUGUCAGUUAUUAGUUGAAAAAGGAUCUAGGCCCGAACUAGCAGCAACAGUGUGUCUGGAAGGACAUAAAUUGAACACCUACCCGGACAGGAUCGUCUGCCUUGCCUACAGGCCAAUCCUCACGGCUGCUGGUCAUGCUAUAGCGGCCGACAACGAUGAUGUCCUCCAAGUCCUCCUGAAUAAUUCGUCUAUAAGGACGGACGGACUUUUACAUGAUGCUUGUCGCUUUGGAGCAAAAAAUUGUGUAAAAUUACUACUUCAGCACCUAAAGGAACAAGUAUCCGCAGAGGAUUCCCAUGGUAGAACUCCUCUUCAGGUCGCCUUACUUUCAACUCAUACGGAUAACGCAGCUGAAUUGGUUCAAGCAGGAGCUAAAUUAGCUACGUCCUCUCUGCAUGCAGUCUAUGCGAAUACGACCACUCCGGGAAUACUCAGGGCUACACAUUUUGCUCUGGAGAACGGAGCUAGAAUUCAUAUUAAUUCUAGUGACAGACAUGGUGAUACUGCCCUUCACAUCCUUCUGAAGAAUGUAGGCAGACAAGAAUCCUUGACAAAUCAAACAACCGUUGAUAAGGAACGUUUAGAUUGUAUAGACGUCCUAUUAAGAUCAGGAGCUAACCCACACAAGGUGAACAAAUUGGGUGAGGGAGCCCUUCAUGCUGCCCUCGUAGAUCAUGGGAAUAGGCCACUUUACGUCUCAAAACAUGGUUGUAUUAGGAAGCUACGCCAGGCUCUUACAACGAUAGUCGAUGGUAUAAAGGUCCUCUUGAGGGGUGGAGCAAAACUGAAGCAUCCGCAGUACUCGGUUACGCCCUUCGAAUACGCCCUUAGGUUCAUACGAGCUUUACAGCCUGAUAUGAUCGUACUAAUAAGGGGAACGGUUCAUGAACUAUUACUAUUACUAUCGCAGUCGGCCGAGGACCUUAGUCCGCUACUCGCUUCCCUAAGGCAGUGGGCACCUUCAACACUUUCGGGUAUAUGUUGGCACCUUGUUCCCUUUUUAUCUGGUAUCACCAUAGCAAUGAUAGGGAAUGGUAAGAUUAUUAAGGAAUCGAAAUUACAGUUGUAUAAGGACGCACUAUUAUUCUUGCACGGAACACCGGCAACGCCGAAAAUGCACGAUAUCAGUAGAAUGUUACUACUGAGAUAUUGCCAAAGGGGACUGGGCCCAGAUGACAUCGAUUGGGCAAAUCGCGGUAAGGAAUGGCCGGCAUCUAUUCUUGCAUUGGCCCUCUCUAACGUUUCCGCCCAAAAUUCGACGAGAGAUGUCUUCCAAUUGCUCUGCAACGUCCUGGAUAAUCGCCAAUUAAACGAGCUAUCUGAAGCUCUAGCUAUACUAACGAAUCAUUCGGUGGAAUUGCAGAAGGUUAGAUCUUUAAAGGUUCUCUCUCGGCGGAGGAUUGCGGCUAGCGUUAGAUGGAAAUUAAUGGAUGAUAAGAAUACCUUAAAAUUGCCAUUACCGAAACCGCUGCUCACUUAUGUUACAAAUAUGCAAGUGGCUUAG